CUACUUGUUUUUGUAGUUACAAUGAUUUAACGACUGAAGGUGUCAGUUUAAUGCUGUGAACAGAAGUGAUGACGUUCAGCUCCCUGCAGGAGGAGGAAGUAGGAGAAGAAGAAGAGUCGGGGUGAGGAUGUGGAAAAGUUUCUCACUCCCUGAAGCAGCUUCACAGGUCGAUGCUUUUUCUCUGAAGAUGCUCAGUUUCAUGACGUUCUGUCACGUUUGGAUCCUGCACACAGUUCUGAUCCUCUGCAGGGCCAACUCAACAGCAGUGAUUAGAUAUUCAGUCCCAGAAGAUCACCACGUGUGUCUGCGGUGUGGCGACGACUCUGAUGUUGUCUGGACUCAUGGCAACAGGAACGUCCCGGUGACCCGGAAAGGAAUCUAUGAGACAAACGACGACCCUGAACGGUUCAUCCUGCUGUCUGACGGCAGCCUGUUCCUCCUGAAGCUUGACAAGUCGGACGGAGGCGAGUAUCGCUGCAACGCGAGGCUGGUGGCGGAGCUGCAGGUGCUCACAGGUCGUGACUUCUCGGUGUCUGCGGGCCGGACACUGCUGCUCCCCUGCAGCAGAUCCUCCAGACCCAAACAGAGGUGGUUUUAUCGGAGGAGGGAGGAAGGGAGGCGGGAACUAAUCUUUACCUGGUUCGGAAACGGUACGGCGAAACCAGAAAGGGAGGGGAGCCGGCUCAGCUACAGGAACGAUGGACUGCAAAUCCAAAACCUGCAGCUAGAGGACGCCGGAGAGUAUCUGUGCAACGGAAAUCUGCAAGCCAGACUCACUGUUGUCACGGUGCGGCCCGUGCCGACCAGCGUCCUGCAAACCAGCAAAGCUGCAACGCCUGUGACAAGAACAGCUGAAACAAAGAAGAAGGAGAAGAGCAGAACUGAGAAUGUCCUGCUGAUGGUCGGCGUGGUCGGGUUGGGGUUCAUGAUCCUCCUCAUGGCGGCUGUUUGUGUUUUACUGACGAGCUUGAGGUGCAGGAAGGCGAAAAAAUACAGAAGCACAGCCGCUUCACAGAGACAUGAAGACACCAAGCUGCAGCCGUGGAAGACGUCCAACACACAAUCUGAGUCCGCAGUUCCUGAAUGUCAGCCUCACAUGGACGAGACGAUCCACUACGCCUCUCUGGGCCGCCAGAACUGGAGGGAGAGACCCUGCAGGACUCCACCGGAUCAGAACCUCAACAACAUCAUCUACUCCUCUGUCGUCACCAAACCAACAGCACGAUGAACACAAACACACUCUGCUACCUGCAGCACCAUGAACACAAACACACUCUGUUACCUGCAGCACCAUGAACACAAACACACUCUGUUACCUGCAGCACCAUGAACACAAACACACUCUGUUACCUGCAGCACCAUGAACACAAACACACUCUGUUACCUGCAGCACCAUGAACACAAACACACUCUGCUACCUGCAGCACCAUGAACACAAACACACUCUGUUACCUGCAGCAUGAUAAACAAACAAACAUGUUACUGCUCCUUCGAUGAAUAAAUUAAUUUGUUUUAAUGUUAAA